GUUCGUCCCUCCAUUUCACUUCUUCUUCCUUCCCCUCACCAUCCCCUACUCCGCUCAGUCGACUUUGUCUGUUCGAGGGCCCCCAACACCCUCAAGAGCGCGAGUGCUGGUGACGACAGUGACCCGUGCCUUACUCCGGAUCCGGCACAAAGAGAUUACGACAUAAGGGCGCCGAGAUACCUCGGCAGACGACAGCUUGAGCUCCCACCAUCUGCGCUGCGCGCGCACUGCCCUCGCUGCCAGCUGUACACGAUACCUCCCACCUCCUGCUCCCCUCUCCUUGGACUUUAACGACUUCCUAAUCUCACUCUGACACCCACAAACUUUCGACACACACCCUUGUAUCUUCGACACCCGCGAACCACCGCACGAUGCCCGCGCAAUCUACCCUCAAUGCCGACGAGAAGGGCAAGGUGAAGGCCGCGAUCCCGGCGCCGUCGAACAAGAUUUUCUUCGCCGCGCUCGCGCGCAUCUACUACGCGCACCCGGUCCCCAGCGAGUGGGCGUACGCGGGGCUGCAGGGCGCGCUCGCGAUCGUGCGCGACGCGAGCAAGGCGAACGCGCUCUUCUUCCGCCUCGUCGACCUCACCGGCACGCGGGGGGUUAUCUGGGAGCACGAGCUGUACCAGGGUUUCGAGUACAACGCCGACCGGGCGUAUUUCCACAGCUUUGCGGGCGAUAAAUGCAUGAUCGGGUUCGUGUUCGCGGACGAAAGCGAGGCGAAGACGUUCGUGAAGAAGGUGACGAAGCAGAAUAACCAGAAAGCUUCCAAAUCCUCCUCGUCCUCCUCGCAAAAGAAAAAGAAGCCCGCCAAGGGCGGCAAGAUUGACAAGUCCAUGAUCUCCGGCCCCGCCUCGGGCUCCUUCAUCCACGUCGCGCACAUGGGCUACGACGCUGAGAAGGGCUUCACCACUAAGGGCGUCGACCCCUCCUGGACCGCCUUCCUCGGCCAGCUCGAGGGCUCGGGCGUCGACCGCGAGACGAUUGCGCGCGAGAUGGACUUCAUCAAGGACUUUGUGCGCAACCACCCGCAGCAGCAGGCGCCCGCCGCCGCCGCCCCGCAGCCGAAGGAGAAGAAGGCGAAAUCGAAGCCGCCUCCGCCUCCGAGGAGGGGGCACGGGCACACGAACAGUGCAGGCAACGCACCACCCCCGCCCCCAGCGAGGGGUUCGCGUGCGUCGCAGCCGCCGCCUCCGCCUCCUUCGAGAGGGCCGGCGCACCCCCCGCCACCGCCCGCGCGGGGAUUGAGCCGUGCGUCUGCGCCACCGCCUGCGCCUCCGCGUCCGCAGAGCAUGGCGCCUUCGGCUCCGCCGCCAGCGCCUCCGCGCCCUACCAGUGCGGCGCCGCCUCCACCUCCCGCUCCACCGCGGCCCACGAGCGCAGCGCCGCCUCCGCCUCCCUCGCGUCCGACCACUGCUCCGCCGGCGCCCCCGCCUCCCCCGCCGCCAUCGGGUGGGGCGCCACCGCCACCGCCACCUCCUCCCCCUCCACCCAUGGGAGGUGCGCCGCCGCCGCCGCCUCCUCCACCCCCUCCUCCAGCAGGUGGUGCCCCGCCUCCGCCUCCGCCGCCCCCGCCCCCUGCUGGCGGUGGUGGCCCUCCCGCUGGCCUCCCACCCCCGUCAGACGCUCGUGGCGCGCUGCUCGCGUCCAUCCAAGGCAAGGGCGUCCACGCGCUCAAGAAGACGGAAGGUCCUCCGCCGCGCCCGAGCCCAGGUGCUGUCGUCGGUGCAGCAGGCGCCGGCGCCGCCGUGGGUGCUGCGGCCGGAGCCGGAGCUGCUGCUGCCAGCGGUGGCGGAGGCGGUGACCUGACGAGCGCCUUGGCGGCGGCUCUGAUGCAGAGGAACAAGGACAUGGGAGAUAGCUCCGACGAGGAUGAGGACGACGAGGACUGGGAUUAGAGGUCCGUGUAUAUAGUAUCUAAACCUGCGAUGCCUUUGAUACCACUCCUUCUCCUUCUAAUGCUAAUGAUUUCUCUGUUUUUCACACAACCGCGAAUGGAUGGCCAAUGUCCAUUAGAGCGGGCGGCUGUAAUGGAACGGUAGGAGUUCAUCCUACCGUGACUUCCAUUAGAGCGUACAGUAUUAGUUUCGAUAAUUAUCAGAGAAUUCCUUAACGAAAGCACAAAUGAAAAAUCAUCAAAAAGCGU